AUGCUGUCGGGUUCAACGGGGGAACAUGAGCAGCAACAGCAAACUCAAAACGCUCACGAGUAUCCAGUAGAAACUGAGAAGGACACGUCCCUCUUGUCUUCAGUAGCCAUUAUAUCUCUUUCGCAUCCUGAAAACCAGUUCCCCCCAUACGACAUGUGGGGAUUACCUAUGCUUGAUCAUUUUGAAAGAACGCUCCCUCCAGAUGUGAAGCGAGGAAAAGAUGAAAUUGCAGCCUACCUUGCAAAGGGCCACGUGCACGAGGAGCUCUCAUGUGAAGGGGAUUCUUACGAACUUUCCAGUGUUGCUAGGAUGUUAUCAAAUGGAUCAUCGGAUUCGUUGGUUGGCAUGACGUUGCUGCUGAAGAACGUGAAGCCACUACACUGGAUGGAUAACGGUGGACAUCUGCCCCGCCUUGUUCGCAUAACUCAAAUACUGGGCAAGGGCAGUUCAGCCAUAGUGGUGGAAGCCGAGGAUACGGAUGCUCAUGAGUUGUUUGCGAUGCGCAUUCUCCGAAAAGAUGCAAAUUUUGCAAAGUGGUUCCAAACUGAUGAAGCUUUUAUUGCAGAGAUACGGGGGGAACUUGACUUUGAGGAAGAGGGAGCGAGGCAGCUCUGUGGCGUCAUUCCAGCAAAUAUGGUGGGCUUAAAGAAGGGCAUCGCCGUUCCCUUGUACACUGCCGAUAUUGCUGGAGCCCCCGAAGCCCAGCGUGCCGGUAGAUAUUUUGUCUUGGGACGCGUACAGCUAAUGGAGAGAUUCUUUGGGGAUAUGAUUGACCUACAUAUCCAUGCGAAAGAAGUUGUAGAAAAGUCGCGCGAGUAUAUAGCUCGACGUUUGGUAAAUAUAGUUCUUAAAAUUCAACAGGCAGGUCUGAGUCACAAUGACCUCAAAUGGGACAACAUGUUGUUGAGCGCAGACGGCUCAUUCCUUGUCGCCGAUCUGGGGUCCGCCCUCCCGUUUGGCAGUCCGUGCAGACAACUGACAUUUUUUACACCGCAGUAUCGGGAGCCCCAGCUGGCUUUGCGGCUAGACCCCGAAGCAUACGAGAGCGGGUUCAUCAUCCCGCAAGCCAGCAGCGACUUGUGGUCCCUUGGGAUACUCCUGUACGAACUGUUCACAACUAAAACCUCUCCGUAUGGAGAAAUGAGAGUGAACGGCAGGGAAGAUCCAAAUGUACUGCUAGCGACAUGGCUUAUUGAGACCAACACAAGGUCAGCAACACUCGAACCCAUCCUGGAGGCAGCGAAAGUACCUUCUAGGUGGAAGGAACUUAUUCUGCGAUUGCUGGAGCCACGGAGGUUGCAUAGAAUAACAUCCUGGGAGAUUCAGGAGGAAUUUCCUGACCUAGUACACAACCCAUAA